CGGCACCUCACGCCGGCCUCGGCGGCUCGCCUGACGUCACUUCCCGCCGCCACGGGGCCGCCCCUAACGGCCGCUCUCCCCCAUGGCGGCGGUGGCGGCUGCCGGGGGGGCGGGCGGCGGCUCGGCGGCGCUGGGCGACAGCGGUGCCAUCGACUACUCGGUACACGAGGCGUGGAACGAGGCCACCAACGUCUACCUGCUGGUGGUGCUGGCCAGCCUCGCCCUCCUCGUCUACGCGCGGCGGAACAAGAGGAGGAUCAUGCGCAUCUUCACCUUGCCCCCGGCCGCCGCGACGCCGCCCGAGCCCAACUUCUACGACAGCAUGAAGAAGAUCCGCCUGCGGCAGCAGCUGGAGAUGUACUCCAUCGAUACAGGUGUCAUGAUGAGGAGCUUCUCAGAAACAGAAGUGGAUGAUGAGUGGAGAUGAAGAAAUCAUACAUUUAAGAAGUUGGCUCGAGUUUCCGUUACAGGCAUGGAAAGUUUCUGAGACCAAGCCAUGCGAGAAGAACAUGAGUAAAGAAGAGGGAGAUGUAGAUCCAGACUUUCUAGAAGGGAUUGCAGGAUUUGAGAGGACGCUGCACAAACAUCAUGUAGUUUGCUUGCUUAUUCAUUUACCUGCACCCCUGGAUUGUAAUACUUUGUUUGCGUAACUGUUUGGAAGUUGAAAAAUCCCCUCACUUCUGUGUCUUUAAUAUAAUCAUGGCUUCAAGCUUGUUUUAGGAAAAGCAGAACAUCACCAUAGUUUUUAUUUGUGGAUUAGAUAGCUGCUGUUUUGUACUUGAAAUCAAUUUUGAGGUGGUUUUUUUUUUUGUAGAAACAUACACUGAAUAUAGAGAUGAUCAGAUCAUGACCAUUAUGAAACAGGAAAUCAGUGGGCUUGCUUGCAUUUAAUAAACAGCCUUUGCAUAAAAAGUGUGACAGGUGCAUAGGGAGAAGAAAAAAAACAGAUAGUGCUAGCCCUCUAAUUUGAGUAACCUUAUAAUGUAUUGUACUUACGCAGUCCUUAGAUGUCAGAAUCAAAUAUUAAUCAGUUCAGUCUUUUUUAUUUGACUGUUGGUCACAAAAAAUAUUCCAGGUAGGUAAGAUUUCUUGGGGUUUUAAGUGCAGAUUACUUAGUAUAGAGUGAGGGAAGAGCUUUUUAAAAAGGUAGUUUUUCAAACAUCUUGGCUGUUGUGUGAAGUAUCCCCAAGGAAAUUCUAGCCAUGCAGUCCAGCAAGUUACAGUGCUGUGAACAGACUUAAUUGUAGUAAGUCUCUGAUAGGAGUUACUAAGACUUUGACAUACAUGUACUUAAAAUUUUAAAAUUAAAUGUAAUUUCCUAUAUUGGACAGUGUUGCUGGUAGAGGCAAAGAGCAUCUUUAUUUUUCUUAUGAACUCUUAUCUGGUGUUUUAUCCUUAAUAAAAGGCUAUGGCUAUUUUUGCAUACUGACUGAAUAUUUGGCCUUUAAGAGUAUAUAAUUAGAUGGAAGAGUAAAAGCUGUUGUUAAAGGACUGUUUUUCUAAUGAAAAUAGUUUGAAAUCAUAUAAUUUUAGUUUCUUCCAAAUAGAUGUGAUUAGUGUGUUGGAAGUAGUUUUACAGUGGAUAUAAAGGGAGCAGUUGAGAGACAGUGGCUGAGAAUGUGUCCAGCUAUUUUUGUAGCUAACAGUUAUAUUUUGUUAGUCUCUUUACUUAGAUAUUUCCAUACAAUUGAACAGCUAAAUUACAAUUGGAUACAAAAACUAUUUGCACUUAGUAAUGUUUAUAUUUUAAAAUAGGUUUUAUUGUACUAAUUGAUAAGUAAAUCUCAAUGACUGUGAGAAAAUUCUAGUCUAUAUUAUUACUUUGAUAGAAAUUUGAAUAUGGGAUAGUAUUAUUUGUAUCAUAUAAAAAUGUUUUCAUGAAUUUUUAGCUGCUGAAAGUGAAAUCAAUAAACUUUAGCUACUGUUGUUGACUGGAA